UCUCUUUACCUAUUAUCUAUACAUACCUAUCUACCAAUUAUACACCUAUUUAACUCGCUAUUCAAGGGGCUUUCGAUGAUCAGCAAUACCCGUACCUAGAAACCAAAAUUUCUAGGCAAACCGUUAAUUCAGUCCGAACCAGGUAGAUCCCGGAUACGUAGGUUAGUACACUACCUACCUCUUAGCAGUGGGCGAAAUCUUUCGUUCCUGGUCUAUGAAACUUUGAGGCGAAGACAUCGCUAUCCGGCAAUAACAGGUAUUGAGGGUUACAUGCUAGUUCUUCAUCCUGGAUUACGAUUACAGAUGAAGAAGACAAGCCUUGAACUUCAAUCACUUUGUCUCCAAGCAGACUCCACUGAGUAAAGACUUGCGUACCCCCGGGAUUUAAGCAAGACCCAAGUGGGCCAAUUGAAUCCUUCGAAUGCUCGCGCAGGUGCCAAGUAAAGGGGUGUUCUGUCUUUUCUUGACGUUGGCGAUAAUAUUAUCAUGUUACGCGAAGCCAGCUCGACUAGCAAUAUUUCAACGAUAUUAAGAUGCCCGUAGUCUUUAAUCUGGAUUGGGCAACCAGCCUCCAGCCACUGUUAGUUAUUAUUUUGAUAGCUUGCUAUAUCGUAGGCCUUGGGAUAUAUCGCCUAUACUUGAGCCCACUUGCUAAGAUUCCCGGCCCAAAACUUGCCGCGUUAACUACUUGGUACAAUGCCUAUCAUGACAUGUUUCGAAGGGGUCAGUACGUCUGGGUUUCCAUAAAUGACCCUAUGUUUAUUGAAAAAUUGUACUCGCAGUCUCCGAAGCAGAGACGUGAAAGAUACUGGACGAUUCUUCAAACACUUCAAGCUACGGGGUCGAUUCUAGCUACCCAAGAUCACGAACUCCAUCGCAAGCGUCGGGCAGUUCUCAACCCCUUUUUUUCGCAACAGAAUGUGCGACGCUUAGAACCCGCUAUCAACGACACCCUCGCAAACCUGUUCUAUCGAAUGGAUGGAUGGGCUAAAGUGGGCGAACCCGUGCGGAUGAACGUUGCGUUCCGAGCUGCAACGAAAGAUAUUAUUCAGGCUUACGCGUUUGGUGAAGGAGAUAAGUGUCUCGACAAGGAGGAUUGUAAUACUGCAUUUUUUGAUAUCAUGGAACCAAGCCAACUGGCUCAUCUCGGAACUCACAUGUUUUGGCUAGCCAAUCUUCUUAGUAACUUACCUCCAAAAUUAAUGACCGCCCUUAUACCUAAGGUCGGCGCAUUUACGAGUUUUGUCGAGGGGCUAGCUGUUCAAGUCGAGGAGGUUCGAAAGGCUAAAGAUCUUCCAGAGGGGAAGACGAUCUUUCACGAGAUUAUUCGUAGCGACAUACCGGAGACCGAGAAAGAAACUCGACGUUUGACUGAAGAGGCCAUGGUGAUUGUUAUCGCAGGUAGCGAGACUACGGCUUCGACCCUAGCGGCAAUCAUGUAUCACUUGCUUACUGAUCGCCAACUGUUCAGUCGGCUGAGAACCGAACUAGAAACUGUCAUGCCCGAUCGUAAUGAGCUUCCAGUGGCAUCGAAGUUGGACAGUCUCCCGCUCCUAAACGCAAUCAUAGAAGAAGCCAUCAGGCUUUACCCUGGCGCUACUCACCGGCAAGAUCGCACAUGUCCUGACGAGGAUCUCGUCUACGAGGCGCCAAACGGCCAAACAUAUGUCAUUCCAGCUGGCUCAGCCGUCGGCAUGGCAGCUCCGAUUCUAAAUCGCAACCCAGACUUAUAUGAUCAGCCAAACGAAUUUCGACCUGAACGUUAUCUAGAGAACCCGAAGCUCUCAAAAUACCACAUGUCGUUUUCUAAGGGAACGAGGCAAUGCAUAGGAAUAAAUCUUGCAUAUCAGGAACUUCAGACUUUCACUGCUGGCAUCAUCAGGCGUUACGACAUGUACGAUCCGACUAGAAAGACUCAGAGUGGUCCAACAUUAGAGUUAUAUCAGACUACAGGGGAAGACGUCGCAAUGCAUUCAGAUUUCAUAACGACUGCGCCAUAUAAAGGCAGCCUAGGCCUAAGGGUCACGAUUCAGAAUUGA